AGUAGCCAUUAAAGUUACAUUGAAAGAAUAGUGAUUUGUAGUGUAAUCGAGCCUUGGUACAAGUGAUAUAGAAAGACGAGGAACUUGAAUCGAAAUUACUAACAAUGAAAACGAAAUUUCCCUGCGACGAUAAUAUCCAUGCGAAGCAUGAUCAUUUACUGGCGGUUUGGAAGUUUUGCGAAAAGGUGCGUCCGCGGCUCGAACCAAUCGCAGAAAAGCUGCGUCUCCAGUUCCAACUGGAAGAUUUAUGCCAUUCAGGAACCAUACCGGUGUGCGAGUUCGCUAACAUACUGUUCUGCCAGCUGGGAGAAACUGUAAGCAAAGAAGAAAUCUGUGAAGUUGCUGAAUAUUUCAGCGCAACUGCAGGGCGUACGUCGUACGAUCAAUUUUGUGAUGUCUUGUUUGGUGAUGCGGCUAAUACGACGUCCGAUGAAGAUGUCCGGAACGCUGCCGAUCGUCUGUCCGUGUACGAACAUCGUAAGCUGUCCCUUAUCCUGAUGUCGAUUGCCAAGGCGUUGCGUUAUCGUGAACAGGUUUUAACGCCUUACUUUGAAGAUUAUUCAUUGACGACAAAUGCUGGAUCAUUCUGUACCAUCCGCUACGCUGCGCGUGUACUCUAUUAUUUAGGAGUAACGCUGGCAAAGUCCGAUACGGUGUUACUCGCCAAGCGGUUUUCUACCGAUGGGCAUAACUUCCAUUACAAGGCAUUUAUCGAUGAAAUUGAUCAACUUUUUCGUUACUUGGAUGCGCACGAUGGUGCACUCGAUCGCGAACAGGAUGAUGCGGCAGUUCCUCCCAAAGUCAUCCACACUCAGCUACCGCAACUGGAUCGUACCGAAAUUGGGUCACUAUCUGUGGCAGAUAUGAUUGGUAAGCGCGUUGCUUUUCAUCCGUGUUUGGAACCGGCACGCAAAGAGUACGAAAUCGAGGAACUGCUGCUGCGUGUACAGCGCCACAUCUGGAAUAGUACGAUCAGCAUGAAAGAUUUUUUCCAACAGUACGACCUCCUGCGUUGUGGUUGGCUAGCCAAAAGUACUUUCAUUCGUUGCCUGGACGUGAUAGGACUUUCGACUCUCGAUCGAUUGCCGCUGCAUGAACGGGAAAUCAAACAGCUUUGUGAGCGGUACGCCGAUCCGAAGGAUCCGUGCAAAAUUCAUUGGACAACGUUUGUGGAUGAAAUUAAUCGCGUAUUUACCGAGCCACAUCUGGACAAGGGAGCUUUCAAACAAGUCGACAGUCCUCCGCAGUUGGUGAAAAAUUUACCCCGCGCUGGGAAACAUCAGCUUGGGUUGGAUGCGUCCAAGGAUGCACAGAAGCUUGUAACGAAAUUGAAAGACAAAAUUGCCUGCAAACGAGUGGCGAUCGAGCCGAUGUUUAAAGAUUUUGAUAAACAUCGCAAUGGACACGUAAGCUGCAACCAAGCUCGUGAAGUCUUUUCGAUUUGUGCCAUACAGCUAAAGGAACAGGACGCAUUCUUGCUGGACAGGUUAUACGGUGAUGCACUGGGAUUUGAUUAUGAUCAAUUCUUGAAAGAUAUUGGAGUGAUCAAAACUGGUGAAACAGAAGACAUGCUCGCGUACCGGAAGGUUAUCGAAAGUAUUAACAAGGAUGUGAUACAACCGUCGAAACCAAUGCCAGGAGAAAGAGAUAUCGUUCGGGUGCUGGCCAAAGUGAAAGCUCAAACUGUACGCCGUCAGUUACGUUUGAUCGAUUUUAUGCAGGGAUUUGACCCACUCAACCAUCAUCGUAUCAGUGAGGCACAGUUUUGUAGAGGACUAGCGACGGGCAGCGUUCAGUUAACUGCAAAUGAGAUGCAACUGCUUUGCGAAUAUUUCCGUACCCCUACCUGCUCAACGGUGGACUACAAACGGUUCUGUGACACUAUCGCCGAAGUGGACUAUCAGCCCCACCUCGAGAAGGCUCCUUUGUUGGUACCGUGUAGUCAUUUUCCGGCCAACGAACAGCCGGUCAAUUUCUUAAACUUCAACGAACGUACCAUCGUGUCGAAGGUAAUGCAAAAGCUCGCCCGGCACGCGGAUAUUGUAUCGAACUUGGGUUCACUGUUAAAAGAUUUCGAUACACAAAACGUUGGACACGUGGCGCGAAAUCAACUGCUGCGCGCGCUUGCUACACGUGAUUUGCAUACGCGAAUCUCAACCCGUGAGUUUGAAUGUCUUUGCAAAUACUUUGCUGUUGAAGUUGGAUAUCGACAGGAAGUAAACUACCGUGCGUUGCUUGAGGCUUUGGAUUACUUGUACACGAAUCGAGAAGUUCAUCCGUUUUGAACGCAUGUAAAAAAUCAAACCAGGGAUAUUCUUCGUAAAAUAUAUUUUUUAAACAAUUUAAA